AUGCUCCUCAUCAAGAAACUAUCGGCGACUCCUACCUUGAGCGCGCAGAAUGACGUCCAUCACCCGGCAACCCAUAUAGACUCGCAGGCUGCCUUGCAAGCCAACAAGGCCACCUUCUUCUUUCAACUGGAACGAGAGUUGGAAAAGGUCAAUGCAUUCUACCUACAAAAGGAAGCUGAGCUCCGAAUCCGGCUCAAGACCCUGCUCGACAAGAAGAAGGUCUUGCAGUCGCGCGGCAAUGGCAUCUCGCGACGCUCGGCCAAGUUCACCACCCUCCAGGAGGGCUUUCAACAAUUUGCCAACGAUCUAAACAAGCUGCAACAGUUUGUCGAAAUCAACGGCACUGCUUUCUCCAAGAUUCUCAAGAAAUGGGACAAAACGUCAAAGUCCAAGACGAAAGAGUUGUACCUUUCCAGAGCAGUUGAGGUUCAGCCGUUCUUCAACGCCACAGUCAUCAGCGAGUUCUCCGACCAGGCGACUACCAGUCUUCAAGAGCUUGGCGCCUGGGCCGAUGGUGACAGUGUCAGUUUUGGCACUCGCCAAGACCACGUCGUAAGCAGCCAGCACCUCCUGGGUACCGAUGAGGGCGAUGUCGACACUCUCCUUCUGGAUACUGUGCUUACUGGGAAUCUCGAAAACCUCCGCGAUCUUCUCAGCCGGAUGCGCGCCGCCGCCGAGCCAGCGGAGAAUAUGGACGUUUCGCUCAUAGAUCGUGUCACGAGGACAUUCCUGGCAUCAAUCCAUGAUGGCCCUAAGGAAGCACUACUUGUCCUCCUUGAGACUGGCCUUGUUGACAUUCAGUCGGAAGACGAUAUCAACGAGAGGAAUUGUCUCCAUCAAUCUACCAUCUACGGAAACUCAUUCGUUCUGAACCUAGGGCUGGACAAGGGUGUUGCCGUCAACAGGACGGAUGUCUACGGGCGCGUGCCCCUACAUUACGCGAGCAUGCACGGGCGUCUUGAUAUGUUGGACGCUUUGCUUUCAGCAGUCGAUUUGAGCACCAUCGAUUUGAUUGACCACGACAACUUCACACCCCUGAUUCACGCAAUCAUUCACGGCCACCUGGACUGCGUCAAGAGGCUCUUGGAGAAGUCCGCUAGGCUUGAUCCUGUAUCUGACUCCGACCAUGUUCCCCUGAACCUUGCUUGCGAGCAUGGCUCCAGUGCCAUCGUCGAACUUCUGCUGCAGCAUGGCGCUCGGAUCCUACCAGAUGCGGAGGGUCUCUAUCCUCAACAUCUUGUUGCUCGUUCUGGCCAAAAACCAGAGCUUCUUUUGCUUUUGAAGCAAUUCGGUGCGGAUCUCGACCAGAUAGACAAGCUAUACGGAUGGACGCCUUUGGUACAUGCGGCGAGCGAGGGCAAUGUCCCUUGCCUGCAAGCACUUAUCGAAGUUGGCGCGGAUCCAAACAUCCGAGACGAGAAAGACCUUCCUGCGAUGUACUACGCAGCCUGGGAAGGACACCUGGAGUGCAUGAGACUUCUGACCCCGUUCAGCAGAGGUUCAAAUGCAAGCCCUUCGUUGAGUGCUAGUGCCCCGUCAUUAUCCGCCAUUGGCACCAGCAAUGCCCCCGGCCCCAUGGCGCUCGAUCCAGAUGCCAUCCCCGUCCUCGAACUACCCCCACCUAUCAUCCCUCUCCGGCGAUAUGGACACAACUUUUUGGACACCAAGACAGUUGUGCAGAUCAACUUUGAGGAGAUCGAUGGCGAACAGCCCCUGAUCUUCUUCCAGGAUGGAAAAUACCCUGCUGCCAGACUGACGAUAUCUUCAAAGGUCUCAGACCUAAUCCCCAAGAACAUAAUCCUCCCCUUCCAGGAGGACACUCGCCUCGUGUCCUUCCAGAUCGACAGCCUGGAUUCCUUCACCCUCGACUUCGACGUGUUCCCCACGUAUGGCGCCAAGAUCAUUGCAAAGACGGUGGCGCUCCCCAACACCUUCCGGGCUCUGCUGAGCAGCUCUGGCAAAUGCUGCCUACCGCUGUUCGACCCUCGACUCCGUGCGAUCGGCCAGAUUAGCUUCAAUACCCAAGUCAUCAAGCCAUUCCAAGGCAAGCCUCUGGAGAUCACGGAUUUCGAAACAUACUGGAAGGCAACAAGCCAGUUUGACGGCAGCCCCAGCACUUUUGUGUCUGGCUCGAGUCUCUCGGGUGACUUUGUGCGUAUCUACGUGCAGCAUACAAGCGAUGGCAUCCCUGUGCUCUGGCCGACAUGGACUGUGAACUGCGGCGGUAUAGAUAUGCCCGUGUCCCGUCUGUCCUUUGGGCAGUUCAACACGGUCACCGGGUCCAGCCGCAAUGCCGCCGACCUGGCUGCCCUUCCCACGAAGACAUUGGACGCCAUCACCGAUGUGCACCGGAUCCUCGCCACAUCGGGUAUCACUCUGCAGGAUGCACUAUCCUUACUGCCCGCCGGAAUGCACGUCAACAUCCAGAUACUCUAUCCUGCGGCAGAUGACGAGAGGCUCCUGGGACUUGGACCCGGCGCGGAUCUGAAUGCUUUUGUCGAUGCUAUCCUGACCAUUGUGUUCGAUCAUGCCCGCUCGCAGCGCGCUCAUUCGCCCCACGCUGUGAGGUCGAUUGUGUUCAGCUCGUACAACCCGAGCCUCUGCACGGCCAUCAACUGGAAGCAGCCAAACUUCCCGGUAUUCCUUUGCAACGACCUCGGAAGACAAGAUCUCAUUUCCGCGACGGACUCUGUCCAGAGCAGCGGGCGCAGGACCUCGUCUAUCAAGGAAGUGGUGAGGACAGCGGAGAGCAACAACUUCAUGGGCCUGAUAUGUUGCUCUCGCCUGCUGGAUAUGGUGCCUGCCCUUGUGGAUGCGAUCAAGUCGCACGGCCUGGCCCUCGUUGUUGACAAGUCUGCGGACAGACAACCAGACUUCAACCCCAUGGACGACCCCUUCCCCCGGAUGCCCAAGGGUGUCGAUGGACUCCUGAAGAGUAACGGCGUCUUGAAGUUCAACCCGUCGAUAGACAUGUAG